AUGAAGUUCACCACUGCGAUCCUCGCUGCGCUCGUCACGACGGCGGCGUCGGCCACCCCGCUCAGCGGCAUGUUCUCGCGCGGCCACUCCAAGACUGUGUCGCCCAAGGUGCUCAUCAUCUCCAUGUUCGAGUACGAGGAGGUCUGGAGUGCGCUCGACCUCAACACCAACUACACCCUCCCGGGCCUGUCGCCCCUCUACCCUGCCAUCCACUGCAACAAGGCCGGUGAGAUCUGUCAGAUGACCACUGGCGAGGCCGAGAUCAACGCCGCCGUCUCGGUCACGUCCAUGCUCCUGUCGCCCGUGUUCGACUUCUCCAAGACGUACUUCCUUAUCGGUGGUAUCGCCGGUGUUAACCCGUACAUGGGUACGCUUGGCUCGGUCGGUCUUGCCCGCUACGCCGUGCAGUGCGCGCUGGCGUACGAGCUCGACGCGCGCCAGAUGCCCUCCAACUGGACCACGGGCUACUGGGUCCAGGGCACUGCCGAGCCCGGAACCCUCGUCGACGCCAGCAACUAUGGUACCGAGUACUACGAGCUCAACACCAACCUCCGCGACCACGCCAUGGCCUUUGUCACUGCCGCCAACGUCACCCUCAACGAUUCGACCACUGCUAUUGAGUACCGCCAGAAGUACGACUAUGCGCCUGCCAACCAGCCCCCCGCCGUCUUCUACGGCGAUGUCACCACUUCCGACGUCUACUUUGCUGGUACCCUGCUCUCGGAGGCCUUUGGCAACAUUACUGCCCUCUGGACCAACGGUACCGGCCAGUACGCGCUCACCGCGCAGGAGGACAACGCGACCUUUGAGGCCAUGAUGCGCGCCACCACUGCGGGCCUCAUGGACUUUUCGCGCGUCAUCCUCAUGCGCACCGCCUCGGACUUUGACCGCGGCUACGCGGGCUCGGACGCGCUCACUGCCUUCGAGGCGUCGCAGGGCGGCUUCACCCCUGCCACCGAGAACAUUUUCAUCGUCGGCAACCCCAUCGUCCAGGGCAUUGUCAAGAACUGGAACAAGGUGUACAAGAAGGGCGUGGCGCCCCAGGACGGCUUCGAGUACUCGGCCAACAUCUUCCACUCGCUGUCGACCACCAAGACCAAGAAGUCGGUCGUGGCGCGUAACCACAUCGCCGCCCGUGGCAAGGAGGCCACCAUCGCAUAG